AAGAAGUAAAGAGAAAAAAUCAAAGACAAAACACACAACAUCAGAUGUACAAUGAAAGAGACAGACAGAGAAGGAAGACAGAGUAUCCAAUGACAAAAAGCAUUACAAAUAGUUAACAUUUGAUGUGUUUUCUUUGGAUAUCCUUCAUUCAUUUCACCAUAACUUCCUCUUCUUUUUCUUUUUCUCUCUUCUAGACACACGUAUUCUUCAUUCAUAUUCAAUUUUUAAUAUUCUUUACUUCCUUAUUUCACAGCUUUCUCUCCAACUUGGGAGUUGGUGAAAAGUUGGGUGUUCUUCAUAGUCGAAACUGAUAUUACUACCAAAAUCUUCCAUUUCUUUUCUUUUUAUUCAUUAAAUAUAUAUAUAUUCCUUAUCAUCACAUUCACAACUGUAAAUCUGGAGUGGAGGAAAGGGAAAGUAAAUCCAUUUUCAAGUAGCAUAAGGGCCAGAUUAAGGCCAAAAGCUAUGCCAAUGAAUCUAGUUCAUGAUGUUGAUGGAUUGCCCAGAAUUAUACUCACUGAACCAACCGGUUCAUCUGCUGAGGUGCUACUCUAUGGUGGACAAGUUGUUUCAUGGAAGAACGAAAGAAGGGAAGAACUGCUUUUUAUGAGCAGCAAGGCAAAUUGGAAGCCACCUAGAGCCAUCAGGGGAGGUAUACCCAUCUGCUUUCCUCAGUUCGGAAAUCUUGGUUCACUGGAGCAGCAUGGGUUUGCACGGAACCGAAUGUGGUCACUGGACAGUGAUCCUUCGCCUUUGCCUCCUGCUAACAACCAGUCAUCGGUGGAUCUUAUAUUGAAGUCUACAGAAGAGGAUCUAAAGAUCUGGCCCCGUUGCUUCGAAUUGCGUCUUCGUGUAACUCUCAGUGCUGGCAGGCUGACGUUGAUCCCUCGUGUGAGGAAUAUGGAUAACAAGACCUUCUCUUUCAUGUUCACACUCUGCAACUAUUUUUCUGUCUCUGACAUCAGUGAAGUGCGUGUGGAGGGCUUGGAGACGCUCGAUUACUUUGACAAUUUGAAUAACAGACAAAGGUUCACUGAGCAAGCUGAUGCAAUCACUUUUGAUGGCGAGUUUGAAAGAGUAUAUUUGAGCACCCCAACAAAGAUUGCCAUCAUUGACCACGAGAAGAAGAGGACAUUCGAACUGUGGAAGGAUGGGAUGCCGGAUGCAGUUGUAUGGAAUCCAUGGGAUAAAAAGGCUAAGGCUCUGCAAGAUUUAGGGGAUGAGGAUUAUCAAUCCAUGCUAUGUGUAGAUUCUGCUGUUAUAGAAACCCCGAUCAUCUUGAAACCAUUUGAAGAAUGGAAAGGCCGACAAGAGAUCUCCACAGUCUCCUCUAGUUAUUGCAGCGGACAGUUGGAUCCCCGGAAGGUUCUUUACGGCUUUCACUGAAACUCUGGUUCAGAGUAAAUCAAGGUUUUCUCAUGAUUCAAAUAGUUAGUCCUAUUUGCUGUAAAAUAUAAAUGCACUUCGUUGUGUAGUAGUUGCCAAUAUAGGGCAUUUCACAUUGUCUGAGAGGGAUUAUAUAUAUAUAUAUACUAUAAGUAGAUGGAAAACUUUCUCACUCUUA